AUACAAAAGUUGACAGUUACUGGUAUGGAUACUGUUACUUGUAAAACAUGCCAUCGAAUAUCAUCAGCAACUAAACAUACGACCAAAAUCCGAUGCCAUGGAUGCCAGGGAACUUUUUUGAUUGGCAAUAGUCAAGUAUCGGUUCCGUUGGACAUAAGCAAAUGGCCGAGCCAUGAUCAAGAUAACAUCAUGACUGAACGAAAAGGGUUCCGUUAUUUCUGUAAGAAAAUCUCAGGUAUCAGUCCAAGAAGUUCUCCCAGCUUUAGCCAAUUUCCUACUGCAAGAAUAUCAGAUACACCACCAAGAGGGAAGCGAGCACUACUUUGUGGAGUAUCUUACAAUCAGAAUAAGAAAUUCAAGCUCAGAGGAACAACACCAGAUGUAAUGAACAUGGCAAAACUGCUCGUUCAGCAAUUUGGUUUCCCAACUAAUGCUAUCCUUGUCCUAGGAGGUAUUGCCGAUUUUACGUCAUAUGAGCCUCCAACAAGGAUGAAUAUUAUACGGGCCUUUGACUGGCUGGUGAAAGACUCUCAAUCAGGGGAUUCUUUGGUGUUCUAUUUCUCGGGGCAUGGCGUACGACAACUUGAUCUUGACGGCGAUGAGAUCGAUGGUUUUGAUGAAGCAAUCUGUCCUCUUGAUUUUGAGACUGCAGGAAUCAUAAUCGAUAAUGACAUCAAUAAAAUGAUUGUUGAACCGCUUAAACAAGGCGUCACACUUCACGCUAUAAUUGAUGCUUGUCACAGUGGAACUGUUCUUGAUCUGCCGCGAGUGUACGACCACAACAGGGGGAGAUGGAAAGAUAAUUAUCCUGCAUCAGGUGCUUUUAAAGGUACAAGUGGAGGGAAGGCCAUCUGUUUCAGUGCUUGUGAGGACUAUCAACAAGCUUCAGAUACCUCUGCUUUCUCUCCGGAGAUGGCUGGUGCCAUGACAUUCACAUUUAUAAAAGCAGUCGUGGAGAACCAAGAAAUAACAUAUCAUGGAAUUCUCGAUUUUAUGCACAAUGCCAUCGAAAACGCCAAUAAAUCUCAAAGAGGAUGCGGAAUGCUGAACCGGAUGUUUUACCCGAAGAUGCUACAGGAUCCAAUGCUAUCAUCUUCCGAAUCAUUCAACGUUAACUCCUCAUUCAAACUCUAAGCAAUGGUGAAGCAUGAAAAUUCAUUUUUUGGCGCAAUAAGUUGUAUUUGUACGAAUAACUCAGGAAAAGUGCAAAUGUUACGAUACCCAGCAAUAUGUCAGAAGGGCAACCACUUGGAAAAGUUCAAUUUAUACUGUAAUAGUUGGACUGUAAAACGAACAAAUACUUUGCGUAUACCGAAAAUGUUGAAUAAUCUGCCAGAAAGAAAAGCUUAUGCUAUUAGAAAGAAGGCGGUGAAUCCAAUUCCCAUUACGGAUGCUGGAGGAUGCCUCUUCAGGAGUCCAUUCCCGUCA